GAACUUGAAACUGAAGAUAGGAAAUCACAUGUUCAUUGUUUCUUUACUAAUUAUAAAUAUAUCUGUAGUGCGUUUUUUUUUUCUAUGCUGUUUCAAAGAAAUUGUAUGCGGUUUGAUAAUGAGCAUGUGCAUUGUAGUUCAUAUCAUUUGAACAGAUCUUCUUUAAGCUUUGUGGAAGCUCAUAGCAAAUGAAAGUCAUUUUCAAGAGAACCUACCUUUAUUUAUUGACUGAAUAACUGAUUAGCACGUCUGUCACGUCUUUCUUAACUCCGGUUUUGUGAUUCUGAGGACUUUCAUUAACUGAGAGGUUAGAGUGAACUAAGCAGUUGCGACUCGAAUAGGUAAUGGAAGUUCCAAAGGGAUUCUUGAGCUACCUCUGUUACUUCAUCUUCUUCCUUCCCGUUUUUGUGUUUCUUUUUGUUCUUGGAAUCAUCAAAGGUGCCAUCUUCAGUCCCUUUGUAUUUCUGGUUAUUGCUUUUGGAGAUACUGGCGUUGUCAUUGGGUUAUGGCCCCUUCAUCUUGUUUGGACUAUCUAUUGUAUCAUGAGAACAAAGAAGUUUGGCCCAUUCAUGAAAUGCCUUCUGAUUUUGAUUGUACCAAUACCAAUAGCACUAUGGACAGUGGUUGGAGUUGUUGGAAGUGCGAUUAUGGGUAUAGGAUAUGGCUACGUUUGGCCUGUCCUGAAGACAUUUAGGGCUAUCAGCAUGGAAGGUGUUCCACUUCAUAUGAAGUUAUUUAGAUGCUUCACGGAUGGAACUUGGAGCAAUGUUUGGGGUGCGUGCACCAUUGUGGGCGAUUUUGCAGAUUUUUCCUUCCACUCAUACUUCUCUGUCAUGGACGGGCUACUUGAAUCAAAGGGGGAAGAGCCCAUUGAGCUUAAGGUUACUCAGAUUCCUGGUUGCAUUUUGGCUGCAAUUCUUGGGAUUUUGGUUGAUGUCCCCUUUAUCACUUUAAUAGUUCUAUACAAAACACCUAUAUUGCUAUUCAAAGGUUGGCACCGGCUAAUACAAGAUCUUGUUGGGAGAGAGGGCCCAUUCUUAGAAACUGUUUGUGUUCCUUUUGCUGGGAUUUGGAUCUUGUUGUGGCCAAUUGUGGUUCUUCUGGCAACUUUGGUUGGUACAUUAUCUAGUUUGGGCUUCGGUUGUUAUGCAGCAGUUGUUGCAUAUCAGGAAAAUUCGACUAAGAGAGGACUGCUCUAUGUAAUUGCUUCUUUGUCUAUAUUUGAUGAGUACACCAACGAUUUGCUUUACCUGCAAGAAGGUUCCUGCUUCCCCAGACCUAGAUAUCGUGAGCAGAUUAGUUCAAGUUCUUCACUGCUUCCUGUGAAGGGACUGCAUGAACAAGUUGAAGCUAUUCGUACCAAUGACCCAUUGAUAAGGACUCCUAGCAUAAAGAAUACACUGAAGGCUGCAGUGAUAUGGGAUAGUUUCUUUCAAGCAUGUGAGGAUAUUGGGAAGGAGCUUCUUAGAGAUGGUGCCAUUGGACUUCAGGAUCUUGAUGCAUGGAGACACUCAAAGAACAAGAUAGUUAACAUUGGAAUUCCUGCAUAUGCAUUUCUUGACUGCUUUCUCCGUUCUAUCAAGAGUGGCUCCAUUGGUUUUCUCAUGUGUGACAAUAUAGAGAUAACCAGUGUUAAUAGACCAGAAGGAAGGGCAUUGGACUGGCUCUAUGAGCCAAUGUGUAUCAUAAAAGACCAAAUCAGGAGUCUAAAUUUACAAGAAACCGAGGAGUUGUAUUUUUACAAACACUGUCUGUAUGGCGGUGGUGUGGCGAGAAUUGAAUCAUGGCAUAAUGGAGGCAUUCCCCCUCAUGAUGAAAUCAAAAGAGCUCAGCUUGAGGGUAUAAGUAGAAGGUUACAAGGGUUUUGUUUGACAUUGUCAAGGCUGCCAACGUCAAGGCGUCAGUUCUUAGAAGUUGUGAAAGCUAUUGAGCACGAAGGAAAGAACUCUAUUGGCAUUGAGAGUGAAUAUGAGACUGGAGCAGCUCCAUAGGUGCUCUCUCUAUCUUUCACAUGUUAGACAUGACAUGAAUGGACUUUGUCUCUUUGCAUUGCUGACAGUCUUGAUAUGAUAUUCUAAUCAUCAUAGGCUGCCAUGGAAAAGCUAGUCUUUAGUAUUAUGUCUUGGAAAGCUCAUAAUUUCUUUUAUUGCAUUGAAUUUUUUUGAACUUAGUAGUGUGUUACUACUCCUUUGAUAAUAAAAUUCUAUUGUAUUGAAUUUUUUCUUUUUAUAGAUGUUGAAAAUAGUUAAUUUUUA